GGCCCGUCGCUCUCCCGUGACGUGCCAAUGGCGCCGCCGCGCUCUUGCUGCGCUCCGGAGCCGGAGAGCGGGACGGGGGCUGCUCUCGGGCUGAAGCGGCCGGUGGGCCCGCGGGAGCGAGCAGCCCUGAGAGGCGCCUGGGGCUGCUCAGCGCGGGGUCUUGAAAUGGAAUCAAAGAUCAAACAUACAGUUGUAUUUGCAAUGAAUUGACUUUACCACUCAUUUGUGUUGAAAUGGAGAGUAUUACACAGCUGUUUAGUGAUUUGUGUGAAGCACACAUGACAGGUUUGUCAUGGAAGGUCCAUCUGGGCAGACAGAAGAUCAGCAAGAAAAGGGCUAAGCAAAAUCUAAAAAGAGUUGCAUAUAAUGCCCUGUUCAUGAAUCUUUUUCAGGAGGAGGCACGUAAAGUGCCUUCAAACAUUUCCAGACUUCCAGUGAAAAACAAAGUUUUAAUGCUGUCUUUCAACUUGAGAGUUGGCGGAAUGGGCGCUCAAGCAGAUAGGCUGGAGAAACUCGUGGAGGAACUGGAAACAUCUGAUUGCUUACCAUUUACGGAAAUUAAUUCUAUUCUGGAUCUUCUAGUACAGCUUGUAGGAACUGGUCCCCCUCAGCUUCUACCACAAAAAAAGGACUAUUUUCUGAACAACAAGUAUGUUGGGAGAAAUGUUAAAUAUCAGGGUUAUGAUUAUUAUGAUGUGAGUGUAUUUGAAGCUGAUAUACAGACUUUAAUUACAAAUGAAGAGUAUCAGUUUAAUGACACAAUUCAAAAGACAGUUCAGAUAAUGGAGGCUGCACCCGGCACUGGACUUCCUGCCAUUGGAUUAUUUUCACAGAACUACCCUAUUGGUGACAAGUUUGAGAAAGAAACACGUGUCUCACUCUUUGGUGCUCUUGUCCAUAGCCGUACGUAUGACAUGGACAUCAGGUUGGAUCUGCCACCAGUACCUGACAGUGCGGAUUUGUCUGGACUUGCGAUUAAAGUUCCUCAAAGUAUAGAUCAAUCAGACGAUGAGGGAUUCCAAUCAGCAUCCAAUCUGACUCCUGAUUCUCAAUCGGAACCCAGCAUGACUCCAGACAUAGACCUCUGGGAUGCCGUACUUACUUAUGGACCCAGCAAACGAAGAUGCUGGGAAAGAAUUGGAUGGCAAAACAUCAGUGAUGUCUUAGCACACAUGUAUGAACAUGCAUUCACAAGUGGAUUGAGGAAGUACCUUCAGUAUUAUCGAGCAUGUGUUUUGUCAACACCUCCCACUUUAAGCCUUCUAACAAUCAGUUUUCUCUUCAGAAAAUUAGGACGACAGUUAAGGUAUUUAGCUGAGCUCUGUGGCAUAGGAACAACUGUAUUGGGGAUCAGCAGAGGUGCUGGUGCUUCAUUUCCUACGGGAGUAAGAUUGCUUUCAUACCUGUACAAAGAGGCUCUCAAUAACUGUAGUAAUGAACAUUACCCAGUUCUUCUGUCAUUGUUAAAAACCAGCUGUGAACCAUAUACCAGGUUUAUCUAUGAUUGGGUGUACAGUGGUGUAUUCCGGGAUGUUUAUGGCGAAUUCAUGAUUCAAGUGAAUGAGGAUUAUCUUAGCUUCAGAGAUAAACAUUACUGGACCCAUGGAUAUAUUUUGAUUUCAAAAGAAGUAGAAGAUUGUGUCCCUGUGUUUCUGAAGCAUAUUGCCAAUGAUGUAUACAUUUGUGGGAAAACCAUAAACUUAUUGAAAUUGUGUUGUCCCAGGCAUUACAUAUGCUGGUCAGAUAUCCCUGUUCCUCGGAUUUCUGUUAUUUUUUCCCUUGAGGAGCUGAAAGAGAUUGAGAGAGACUGUGCAGUAUAUGUGGGUCGAAUGGAAAGAAUUGCCCGUUACAGUUCUAUUAGCAAGGAAGAAAAGGAUUUGCGCAUGGAGAUUGCGAAACAGGAGUUGAUUGUUCAUGCUCGAGAAACAGCAAGUAAAGUACUAAAAGCCAUUAAUGAUCAACAAAUAUCAGAAAGAAUGACUUUGGAUGCAAGGAAACGGGAACAGUUUCAGAAAUUAAAAGAACAGUUUGCAAAAGAUCAAGAGCGUCGACUUACGAUGAAACAGGAAGAGAUUGAUGAUGAUUUCAGCUAUGCCCGAGAGCUCAGGGAGAGAGAGAAAAGACUGAAAGCCUUAGAAGAGGAACUGGAAAAAAGGGCAAGGCAAGAAUUAAUUGACCAUUAUAGCAAACUUUCUGAUGAUGCAGCCCGUAGGGAGCAAAGAGCUUUAUGGAAAAUCCAGCGGCACAAACUGGAAACAGCCCGUCUCAACUUUCUAUUAGAAGAUCAAAAAUACAUUGAGGAGAUGCUUGAAAAACUUCCUGAUGGGAAGUACAGGAGGAAAUUAGACAUUAUUCCGCAUAAGCAGUGCCAAACUGUCUCAAUUAUGGAUGCUGUUGUAGAAGAACCGAGCUCUCAGGUAUCUACUGUGGAACCUGUGCAUUCUGACAAUAAUGUUGUCAGAGGUGAUUCUGAAUCUGGACUGAAGAGUAUUACUUCUGCUGAUAAACCAUUGGCUUCGCCCCAGUCAGUAAAUACUCACAUUAAUCAACAUUCUGAGCCAGCUGCAGCAGGGACUGAAUUCCAGCUACUAAGUACAGAACAAACAUGGGAUCCAUCACAGAGUGCUAAUGCUCUUCCUGAAUCCAGUCUAAAUAUUGAGGAUUUCCUACCAGAAUCACAGGAAGAACAACCUGCUGUCGUUGGCUCUUUACUAGAUGAAGGAUCUUUACUAGAUGAAGCAUUUCAAAAUAUUAGCUCAGAACUUCCUGAAACUACUCAAAUAAGUGAAAGUCAGCCUCUUUUGAUAGGAGCACUGCAAGGAGAAGACAAUACACAGUUACAUCAGCAAAGUGAAUAUGAUUUUAAUACAAUUCUCAGGCCAGCUGCUGUUUCACAAGGACAUGGCAGAGUUGGAGAAAAUGUGUUUGUGGAGAGUAGGAGACUUCAGUGGAAUAUUCAUGGACAUGUAUCCAAUGCCAGCAUUAAUGUAGGGGAAUAUGUGCCUCAUGCAGAGACUUCCCAGUCACAUUCAAAUCCAUAUGGACAUUCUUCAGAUUCGCACAUAAAAAUUGGGGAAUAUACCUCUGAAGUUGAAUCUAGUCGGCCUCGCUGGAAUAUUCACGGGCAUGUUUCUACAGCUCAUAUUAAAAUUGGGGAAUAUACGUCAGAGGUAGAGCCCUCAAGGCCUAGAUGGAAUAUUCAUGGACAUGCCUCGGAAGCUAAUAUUAAGAUUGGCGAGUACGUGUCAAACAUAGAGCCUACAAGGCCUCGGUGGAACAUCCAUGGUCAUGCAUCUGAUGCCAAUAUGAAGAUUGGGGAAAAUGUGUCGGAACCUGUACCGUCUAGACCUCGGUGGAGCAUCCAUGGCCAUGCAUCUGAUGCCAAUAUCAAGAUUGGGGAAAAUGUGUCUGAGGCUGUACUAUCUAGACCUCGGUGGAAUAUCCAUGGACAUGUUUCACAAUCACACAUUAAAAUGGGAGACCUAGUUUCAGAUACUGAGCUUUCAAAACCUCGUUGGAGCCCUUUUGGCCAUGCAUCUCAGUCAAACAUUAAAAUAGGAGAGUGGUCUCCAUCCACAGAAACUGAUCCGAUACCUCAUAAUAAAACUAUCUCUGGUCACUCAUCAGACUCUACAGUUCAGACAUGUCUGUACAAUGGAGAAUUUUCUCCCACUGAUGAAAGUAAAAGAGACAAUAAAUCAUCAGAAGGCAAGGAAGAGAUCUUACCCCAAUCACAGUCCUCAGACAGUGUUCCAGUCCUUUCAGAUUCUAAUAUUGAAGGUGAAAAGCAAGAAAACAUCACAGAAGAGAGAGAGAAACAAGAAGUAAUUGCAAAAGAUGUCUGCAAGGAUCUCCCUCUAGAGCUUCCUCAGGGUUCACAGAAAGAGGAACCUGAAAAAUCGAUUGCACUGACUGUUACACCUCAAGAAACUUUACUUUCUGAGGCUUGUGCUUCUGAGACUAAAGAGAAGGAAGAUGAUGAUGAUACGUGGAAGAAAGAACAAGCUUAUCUGAAAGCCUUAUCAGACCAGUAUUGCCUUGAAAAAUACCAAGACAGCUAUGAUUUAAUGUCAGAGUUGCCAGUUUCCCAUCUCUUGCAUCAUGUGAUACCCAGGUCAUACACUUUCCCAGUGGAUCCUUUGGUACAGUCAGCAACAGAUGAAACAGCUGUACAACUUAGUGAGCUUUUAUCUCUGCCAGUGCUGAUGAAACACUCUAUUACUGCUCCACUAGUGUCUCAUGUUUCCCUUGUGAACAAAGCAAUAGUCGAUUACUACUUUGUGGAACUGAACAUAGAGAAGAAUUUUGAAGCACUACGGCAUUUUUUGUUAAUGGAAGAUGGAGAGUUUGCUCAAUCGCUUAGUGACCUACUAUUCGAGAAGCUUGGUUCAGGGCAAACUCCUGGUGAACUUCUGAAUCCACUGGUUCUCAAUUCUAUCUUAAAUAAAGCAUUACAGUAUAGCCUUCACGGAGACACCCAGCUUGCUUCCAAUCUUUCUUUUGCACUCAAGUACCUUCCAGAAAUGUUCAAACCCAAUGCUCCUGAUGCUCUGAACUGCUUGGAGCUACGGUACAAGGUUGAUUGGCCUCUGAACAUUGUCAUUACUGAGAGCUGCAUGAAUAAAUACAACAAGAUCUUCUCCUUUUUGCUGCAGUUGAAGCACAUGGUGUGGACUCUCAAGGAUAUUUGGUUCCACUUAAAACGUACUGCAUUAGUGAGUCGUGCAUCAAAUUCUGUUCAAUUUCGACAGCUCCAGCUGUAUAAACAUGAAAUGCAGCACUUUGUUAAAGUUAUUCAAGGUUACAUUGCUAACCAAAUAUUGCAUGUAACAUGGUGUGAAUUUGGAAACAAACUGUCUUUUGUAGGAAACCUGGAAGAAAUUCACAGAACACAUGCAGAAUACCUCAACAAAGCUAUUUUCAGAGGACUAUUGACUGAGAAGGCCACUCCUGUGAUGAACAUUAUUCACAGCAUCUUCAGUCUCAUUUUGAAGUUCCGCAGCCAGUUAAUCUCUCAGUCAUGGAACAUUGAUGCUGGCAAGCAAAUGGCUGUUCAUCCCAACUUUGGUUUGAUGCAACAAUCUUACAAUACUUUCAAAUAUUACUCUCACUUCUUAUUCAAAGUGGUAACCAAACUUGUAAAUAGGGGAUACCAACCUCACCUGGAGGACUUCCUGCUGCGAAUCAACUUUAAUAACUACUACAAAGAUAACUGAGCUCUAGUAUACUGUAAGGAAUACUGGUAGCAUGGUAAAGAAAAUACAGCUACAGCUUGAUGCUUAUUAUUUAUGGAAAUUGAUGCUAGUAACAGAGGCUUAUCUUAAGAAGUAAUCCAUUGUUCAAAACAACUUUGAAGAGUGAAACCAUAGCACUUAGAAAAUGAUGCCAUUUAGAAUCUGUACAAAUCACCACUUCAUCAGCACAUUGAGAACUGAUCCCGUCAUUACAGAUACAGGGAAGAAUGGGGCCUAGUGUUAACAUGGGAAAGGGCAUACAUGUAAAUCGGUUAAUAUAUAGUAUACAUUUUUCCUUUCAGUGUUGUGAAUUCAUGUUCAAUGUAAAUACAUGUUUGUGAAACAAAUAAACAAAAAGAUAUCUUUUAAAA